CAGCUAAAACCAAAAUGCUCUUUUUCCUUUUCCGUGUCGGAGCACACAGGAGAGACAGAAGAUGAAGCAGAACCGAAAAGGAUCGGGAAGAAGGAGAGCAAGAAGAGAGACACGGGGACGCCAGCGGCCGCGGCGGCAGCGCCCGCGCCCCCGCCUGGUUCUCCCGUGAGAGGCCAGAGGAAGGGCGCGCAGAGCUUCUUCGCGGAGCUCAGAGCAGAGCUGCAGGGCGGCCCGGCCGCGCCCCCCGCGGGCGCCGGUGCCGCAGCAUCUCGCAGCAGGGAGCGUGUGGCCGUGGUACAGUUCUGCAGCAGGAGGAGGACGGGAGGUCAGCAGCCGCAUCCACACGGGGACACAAAGACCAAGGCUAGUCUCCUCGAGAAAGACGUGGACGUACAAGAAUUCAACUUAGAAAAGGCUCGCUUGGAGGUGCACCGGUUUGGGAUCACGGGUUACGGAAAGGGCAAGGAGAGAGUUCUGGAACGGGAACGCGCCAUCAUGCUGGGGGCUCAGCCUCCCAAGAAGAGUUAUGUGAAUUACAAGGUUUUGCAGGAGCAAAUCAAAGAGCAAAAGGCAGCGCGGGAGGAGGCGAAGCGGACGGCCCAGGACACAGAUAUUUUCAAGAGAAAGAAGAGGAAAGGGCAGGAAGACAGGAAAUCCAGAAAGAAGCAGCCGGCGGCCAGCAUGUCGUCAGGUGGACGGAGCGGACAGGUGGGCAGGUUCAAAAACGGGACCUUGAUCCUGAGCCAGGUGGACAUCAAGAAAAUAAAUUCUUCCCGGGUGGCCCGAUGACAUCCUUUACCCAGCGGAGGGGCAGGGACGUGCCUUCGUGCUGAAACCGGGCCCUGCAAGCCUUCCAGACUGUUCUUAACAUUUCGUAAACUACUUUUUUAUUUUAAGGAAAAAUAGCUAAAUAAAAGUGCUCAGAUUUCUGGUCGCCGCCGUGUCCGUCCGCUGGCGGUAACUGCGUGGGGCCCGCGUAGGGUUUCCCGUCCUCCCUCAGGGCUGGUGCUGUGUUCGCCACUGUCCUGUGCGUUCACUUGUCAUGAGACCCAAUAAAUGUACCGUUUUGUGAGAGCUAAUAA